GAGCGUGCAACAAUCGCAACGUUUACUUUCGAUUUUAAGUUUUGACCACUGUGUCAAGUUGGCUGUUUGGGAGGAGCCAUGGCACAGGUGGACAAAGUGAAAGUGCUCGUCGUCGGAGAUUCAGGUGUGGGCAAAUCUUCGGCGGUACACUUGCUCUGCUACAAUCGGCCUCUAGGCAACGCGUUAUGGACGGUUGGCUGCAGCGUAGAAGUCAAGCUGCACGAGUACCGAGAAGGCACGGCCUCGCAGAAGAGCUACUUCGUCGAACUUUGGGACAUCGGAGGCUCGAGCAGUCAUCGCAGCGCCAGGGCUGUCUUUUACCACUCCUUCCACGGUCUCAUCUUGGUGCAUGACCUGACGAACAGAAAAUCUCACGAAAACCUUCGGAAGUGGCUCGCAGAAGUAUUCUGCCGAGACUGGCAAGCCAAGAAGUCUAAUGGGUUACUCGAGUUUGACCAGGAGAUGUUUGCUGACAACCAGGUGCCUAUUCUGGUAGUCGCCACCAAGACUGAUCUAGUGCCCAGCACGGUGGGUCGACAGGCGGCCACAGUGGCCGACGAGUGUGGAACUGACCAGGUUUUUUUGGAUAACCACAACCCCAAGUCUCUGGCACCGGGCUCUAGCAAUGCCCUCAAGCUGACUCGCUUCCUCGACAAAGUUGUGGAACGCCGUUUCCAUGGGCUUGCUGGACAGCCCACCAACAGCAUCCCAGUUGUGGACCGCAGGCGUGCCAAGCUGUCCCAUUUGGACUAGUCUAAGAAGAGGACUUGUUUCAUCAUUCUGGUGUGGAUCGUGCACUGGAGCACAGCCAUCCUUGUGCAAGCAGCCUGUAUCGCUUGCACAGGUCCUGGAGCACUAUGGUGUACCCUGUGAAAAAGAGAUAUAUGCCUGGUGCCCGUGAAUAUGCAUGCCUAGGUCCUGGUGUCUGUGGUGUUGACUGACUUGGAACAUGUUUGGAUCUCUCCAGCUGUGCAUGUUUCAGUGAUAACAUCUGCUUCGCACUUGUAAAAGGGUUUUGUGUAGCAAACAAACAGAAAGAAAACUGGCAUCUUUAUUCUACAGAGAAUUUGUUUAAAUUAUUUUACAGCAAAGGUACCACUCCACCACCAAAAAUGGUUGGGUUUAGUACAAUGUGCAUGCGUCAUUUGUGUGCCCCUGCACAUAUUUUUCAAUAAAAACUUUAAUGAAUAA